ACCAAAUCCGAGUGCUAUACUGUGCCCCCAAGAUCUCUGAGCCUCCCCGGAGUCCCUUCCAACCCCACAAUCCAAUCACCCAAGUCCCAAGGGCGCCUCGCCAACCAUUUUUACUCAAUGAACCUCUUCGGCGACAACAGCGACAGUGAAGUUGAGCCCUUCGGCGCAGAUCUAGUCGAACUCGCACCGAUCCUCAAACCCCGCAUCACAGAAACCACAUUCAACGGCCUCCUCUCGUCCCCGAUAAAACUACACGAGGACCUCGCCAAGGGUUGUGGUGGGCAGAUCUGGCCUGCCGGGGAAGCUCUUGCGAAGUAUCUCUUACGCCGCUACGGGGGUGAUAGCAAUGGGUUGAGGGGGAAGAGGAUUACUGAGCUGGGUGCCGGCAGUGGGUUGGUUGGGUUAGUACUUUGUUGUCUGGGGACAGUUAUUCAUUUCCUGGUGGGAGAGCUGAUAGAGGUUCAGGCUUGCGGUUGCGGCAGGGUGCGACAUCUCCGGGAGCGAACUUUACAUCACGGACACGGAGGCCAUGAUGGAGAUGAUGACAAGGAACGUGGCAUUGAAUGGGCUCGAUGAUAAGAUCAAGGUUCAGUUAUUGGACUGGUAAGAUCCGGUGUCUGGCAUGGGGGUGCUGAGCAGCUUCUUAUAUCUUAUUCCCUGCCAUAGGAGUGAACCUAUACCCGAGCCAAUAUCGCGGAAGCCUAUGGAUUUUAUUCUAGCUGCCGACUGCGUAUAUACGGCUCGAUAUCUUUUUCGUCGGGUAUUGCUAGUAUUAACUACCGGUGCUACAGGUUUACUUCGAGCCGGCAUUUCCUCUGCUUGAGAAGACACUGUAAGCGACAGGCUUAGGAGACCGUGUUUGUUGACAUUGUGAUCUAAUAUCCAGCAGAAUUGACCUAAUCGGAGAAGAAACGGUAGUCUUUUUUUGCUUUAAAAGGAGAAGACGGGUGAGUACUGAGCGCAUUCUUCCAACAAUGGCAUCCAGAUAGCUUACCAUCACCCCGAAGGCCGACUUGACUUUCAUGAAAUCCAUUAAGAAAAAGAUAAACGUCCGAGAAGCCUGCAAUGAUCCCGAAUAUGCAAAGGACGAUACCGACCACGCAACAUACUCACGAGAGAAUCUUUAUCUGUAUUUCCCUACCACUGAAUCC